CGAGGGCCUUGGCAGAGUGGCGCGCAGGCGCUUAGAGCGCUGCCAACUGAAGUAGCAAUGGACGCGCUGGAGUCGUUGUUGGACGAGGUGGCCCUGGAGGGGCUCGAUGGCCUUUGUCUGCCUGCACUCUGGAGCCGUCUGGAGACGCGAGUGCCGCCCUUCCCGCUGCCUUUGGAGCCCUACACUCGGGAGUUUCUGUGGCGGGCCCUUUCCACGCACCCAGGCAUCAGCUUCUAUGAGGAACCGCGGGAGCGACCCGACCUCCAGCUCCAGGACCGGUAUGAAGAAAUUGAUUUUGAAACCGGAAUCCUGGAGUCCAAAAGGGACCCGGUCCCUCUGGAGGAUGUCUACCCCAUUCACAUGAUCUUAGAGAAUAAAGAUGGCAUCCAGGGCUCCUGCCGUUAUUUUAAGGAGAGGAAAAACAUUACCAAUGAAAUCAGGACCAAGUCUUUGCAGCCUCGUUGUACGAUGGUGGAAGCCUUUGGCAGGUGGGGGAAGAAACUGAUCAUUGUUGCCUCCCAGGACAUGCGUUACAGGGCCUUGAUCGGCUCGGAGGGGGAUCCUGACCUGAAGCUUCCUGACUUCUCUUACUGCAUUUUGGAGCGAUUAGGCAGGUCCAGGUGGGAAGGAGAGCUCCAGCGAGACCUUCACAGCACUGCUUUCAAGGUUGAUGCUGGGAAGCUUCACUAUCACAGAAAAAUACUGAACAAAAACAGGCUCAUUACCAUGCAGUCACACGUGAUCCGACUACCCUCUGGAGCCCAGCAACACUCAAUCCUCCUCCUCCUGAACCGGUUUCACGUGGACAGGAGGAGUAAGUACGACAUCCUCAUGGAGAAGCUUUCAGGGGUGCUGAGUACCCGGAAUAACCAGAUAGAGACACUAGGAAAGCUAAGGGAAGAACUGGGGCUGUGUGAAAGGACAUUUAAGCGUUUGUACCAGUACAUGCUAAGUGCUGGGCUAGCUAAGGUGGUGUCUCGUCCCUUACAAGAAAUUCACCCUGAACGUGGACCUUGUAAGACAAAGAAAGGGACUGAUGUCAUGGUUCGGUGCCUGAAGCUGCUGAAGGAAUUUAAACGGAGGUAUGAAGAUGACCAGGACGAGGACGAUGACGAGGAGGUCAUCUCCAAGGCAGUGCCUCCGGUGGACAUCGUGUUUGAGCGAGACAUGCUCACGCAGACCUACGAACUCAUCGAGCGCCGAGGCACUAAAGGAAUUUCCCAAGCUGAAAUCCGAGUGGCUAUGAAUGUGGGGAAACUGGAAGCCAGAAUGCUGUGUCGUCUUCUUCAGAGAUUCAAAGUUGUCAAGGGAUUCAUGGAAGAUGAAGGUCGGCAGCGGACCACCAAGUACAUCUCCUGCGUGUUUGCCGAAGAAAGUGAUCUCAGCAGGCAGUAUGAAAGAGAGAAGGCCCGAGGUGAGCUCCUGACCACAGUGAGCUUGGCCUCAGUGCAAGAGGAGUCGCUUCUGCCUGAGGGAGAAGACACGUUCCUCUCCGAGUCGGACAGUGAGGAGGAGAGCAGAAGAAGGAAGAGGAAAGGCAAAGGAUCGCAGGGGGACAGACGUCAUCACUCCACCCCGGCCAAGGGUGGGUGGAAGGUCCUAAACCUACACCCGUUGAAGAAGCAGCCAUCCUGUUCCUCAGGAGCUGCCGAGGACAAAGCCUGCUGGAGCUCUGUCGGUGGGGACAGCCUCCUCAAUUCCAGUGGCUUCUCAGACGGCAAUGUGCCCUUUGGUGCCCACUGCAUGGAGAGCAACACUGGUGACAUAGCUGUGAUUGAAGAGGUCAGGCUGGAAAAUCCAAAGGAGAGUAGCAGCUCCCAGAAGAGUGGGAAGCAAGGCCAAGACAAGCCCCACGAAACUUACCGUCUGCUGAAACGCAGGAAUCUGAUCAUAGAAGCUGUCACCAACCUCCGCUUAAUCGAGAGCUUAUUCACGAUUCAGAAAAUGAUCAUGGAUCAGGAGAAGCAAGAAGGUGUGUCCACCAAGUGCUGCAAGAAGUCCAUCGUGCGCUUGGUGCGGAACCUGUCUGAGGAAGGCCUCUUGAGACUCUACCGAACUACAAUCAUUCAAGAUGGCAUCAAAAAGAAGAUAGAACUGGUGGUACACCCAUCCAUGGACCAGAACGACCCUCUGGUGAGAAGUGCCAUCGAGCAGGUCCGUUUCCGGAUCUCCAACUCAAGCACAGCAGGCAGGGUUAAAGUUUCCCAGCCUCCAGCGCCCCAAGGGGAGGCAGAGGAAGAAAGUCAAGGAAAAGAAGGUCCCAGUGGAUCAGGAUACUCUCACCAGAAUGCUUCCUCUAAACCUGAAAGUGGACGGAUGAAAAAAACAGAUGAGAAAAUGGGUAUAACCCAGCUUAAAAACUACCACCCCGUUGUAGUUCCUGGACUUGGGCGUUCUCUAGGGUUUCUGCCCAAAAUGCCUCGCCUGCGGGUGGUCCACGUGUUCCUGUGGUACCUGAUCUACGGACACCCUGCUGGCAACAUGGUGGAAAAGCCAGCCCUCAACAGUGAAAGGAGAAUGGGAAAGCAGGAGCCUGGGCGAGUAGGAGCCCAGCCCUACUCCGGAAAUGACUCGGAGGCCUCCUCUGAUGCCCCAUCCAGAGACAAUGAAGACCUUGGCACCUUAGAGGCUGAAGUGGAGCUCCCCACGGAGACAGUGUACGUGGAUGAAGCCUCGUGGAUGCGCUACGUCCCUCCCAUUCCACUCCACAGGGACUUUGGCUUCGGCUGGGCUCUUGUCAGUGACAUUCUCCUCCGCCUGCCCCUCUCUGUCUUCGUUCAGAUUGUGCAAGUCUGCUACAAGGUGGACAACCUCGAGGAGUUUCUGAACGACCCUCUGAAGAAACACACGUUGAUCCGGUUUCUCCCCAGGCCCGUCCGGCAGCAGCUUCUAUACAAGAGGCGUUACAUUUUUUCGGUCAUGGAGAGCCUUCAUAGGCUGUGCUACAUGGGGCUGCUGCAGUUCGGUCCUACAGAAAAGUUUCAGGAUAAAGACCAGGUCUUCAUUUUCCUGAAGAAGAAUGCAGUCAUCGUUGAUACCACCAUCUGUGAUCCACAUUACAACCUCGCCCACAGCAGCCGGCCCUUCGACAGGCGUCUCUAUGUCCUCGACUCCAUGCAGGAUGUGGAAAACUAUUGGUUUGAUCUGCAGUGCGUCUGCCUCAACACCCCACUAGGCGUGGUACGCAACCCGCGCCCCAAGAAGACCAAUGGCCCAGAUCAGGGCAGCGAUGAGGAGGGCAGUCUGCGGAAGGAGCAGGAGAGUGCCAUUGACAAGCACAACCUGGAGCGCAAGUGUGCCAUGAUGGAGUACACCACGGGGCGUCGUGAGGUCGUGGAUGAAGGUUUGAUCCCCGGGGACGGGCUGGGAGCCGCUGGGCUUGAUUCUAGUUUCUACGGACACUUAAAGCGCAACUGGAUCUGGACCAGCUACAUCAUCAACAAAGCCAAAAAGGAGAACGUCGCCUCAGAAAACGGGCUCACGGUGAGGCUCCAGACAUUUCUGACCAAGCACCCAUUGCCACUCGGUGGUGGAGGCAGCAGCAGACUGAACAUCUGGGGAGAAGCGAAAGCAGCGCCUGAGCUCAGUGCUGACAGGGAAGAGCAGUUUGAGAUGGACAAAGAGCCCACACUGGACAGAAACAAGAGAGUGAGGGGUGGGAAAAGCCAGAAGCGGAAGCGGAUGAAGAAGGACCCUGGAAAGAAGAUCAAGAGAAAGAAGAAAGAAGAGCUCCCGGAAGAAAAAAGCAGAAGGCUGCGCUACCAUGACGAGGCUGACCAGAGCGCCCUGCAGAGGAUGACCCGACUGCGGGUGACCUGGUCCAUGCAGGAGGACAGGCUGCUCAUUUUCUGCCGAAUUGCCAGCAAUGUCCUCAACACGAAGGUGAAGGGCCCGUUUGUCCCCUGGCAGGUCGUGCGGGACAUUCUGCAUGCUUCCCUUGAGGAGUCUUUGGAUAAAACCUCUCACUCGGUUGGACGAAGAGCUCGCUACUUAGUGAAAAACCCACAAGCCUAUCUGAACUAUAAGGUUUGCCUUGCCGAGGUCUACCAGGACAAAGCACUGGUUGGGGAGUUUAUGAAUCGAAAGUGUAACUAUGACGACCCGAAGGUUUGUGCCAACGAGUUUAAAGAAUUUGUGGAGAAGCUUAAAGAGAAGUUCAGCUCAUCCCUAAAGAAUCCUAACCUUGAAAUCCCAGACACUCUGCAGGAGCUGUUUGCCAGAUACCGAGUUCUGGCAAUUGGAGAUGAAAAAGAUCAAAUCGAUAAAGAGGAUGAACUUAACAGCGUGGAUGACAUCCACGUUCUGGUGCUCCACAACCUCAUCCAGAGCACGCUGGCCCUCUCGGACAGUCAGAUGAAGUCCUGCCAGUCAUUUCAGACUUUCCGCAUAUACCGGGAAUACAAGGACCAGAUUCUCGUCAAGGCCUUCGUGGAGUGCCAGAAAAGGAGCCUGGUCAACCGGCGCCGGGUCAAUCACACGCUGGGCCCAAAGAAAAACCGGGCUCUGCCCUUCGUGCCCAUGUCCUACCAGCUGUCCCAGACCUACUACAGGAUUUUCACCUGGCGAUUUCCGAGCACCGUCUGUACAGAAUCAUUCCAGUUCUUCAGCAAAAUCUUGGCUGCUGGCAAGUCAGACCAGCCUGAUCAUUUUACCUUCAAAGACCAGGAUAGUAACGACUCCACCAAUGACCUGGUGGCAUUUUCUUUGGAUGGUCCUGGGGGACAUUGUGUGGCCGCCUUGUCCCUGUUCUCUCUGGGCCUUGUUUCCGUGGACGUCAGAAUCCCAGAGCAGAUCGUGGUAGUGGACAGUUCGAUGGUGGAGAACGAUGUCAUUAAGAGCCUGGGGAAGGACGGGAGCUUGGAAGAUGAUGACGAUGAAGAGGAAGACUUGGAUGAAGGCACAGGGGGCAAGCGCAGGAGCAUUGAGGUGAAAGCCCCCCAGGCCUCCCACACCAACUACCUGCUGAUGAGGGGCUACUAUGCCCCCGGCAUUGUCAGCACCCGCAACCUCAACCCCAACGACAACAUCGUUGUGAACUCCUGCCAGGUGAAGUUCCGGCUCCGCCACACCCCUGGGCCCACCCACCUUGGGCCCACCGCCACUUCUCUGGAAGAGCUGGCAGUGGGAACUUCCUGCCUCCCGGACACUUUUACCAGAGUGAUAAACACCCAGGAGAAGAGCUUGGAAGAGUUUGUCCACCAGGUGGCGCUGUCUGGGUACAAACCAGGAGAUGUGGUUGCCGCCUUGGAGAUCCAGAGGGCCAUUGCAGCCACAGGUUAUUUUGGGGUUGACAGGAUGGCCCUGAGCAGACAGUUCUCUGCCUUUGAGAAGACAGACAGUGAGCGUACAAGGACGUUCACCGACUAUGUCCAGGACCUCCUGGAGCAGCACCAGGUCCUGGAAGUUGGUGGCAACACUGCUCGCCUGGUGACCAUAGCUUCUGCUGAGCCCUGGCUCCUGCACUCUGUGCGUCAAAAAGGCAAAGAGGAGAAUGCUGAGUCUCAAAGAGAAGACCCCCAGGCCAGACCCCUGGAAGGGCCUCUCAGUGAGAGCAGCCCCUUUGAAAGGCAGACCCCACUUCCUCAGGGACCCUGGAGCACCAAGAGGCGUGCCAGCUGGGCCAGCAGCGACUCGGCCAGCCCAAGCAGCUCUGAGAGCAUCCAGCCGCCCCCCGCAAAGAGGCCUGCGCUCCAGGACGUGUGUUCCACCCCCAGCCUCGGGCUGAGAGCAGAAGCGAUGCCAGAAACCUGGGCCCCUGCUCUGCCUGCAGCCUGUGAAGACACAGGGGCCAGGGAACCUCCCCCAGGAGCAUCCAGGGCGGGGCAGGGGGACCAAGAGGGUGUCAUGGAACCCAGCUCACCAGAUCAAGAACAGCUGAGCUGUCAGGCCCAGCUUCCAGAAGGCUGUGAAGACCCCCGAGGUUUGGCCGAGAGCUCCGUGGCCGGCAGCCUCUCCCAGGCAGCGCAGGGAAGGGACUGCGAGAGCAUCUGCUUCAUCGGCCGCCCGUGGCGCAUUGUGGAUGGCCACCUGAACAUGCCGGUGUGCAAGGGCAUGAUGGAGGCCCUGCUCUACCACAUCAUGACCAAGCCCGGCAUCCCUGAGAGCUGCCUGCUACAGCACUACCAGGGCGUCCUGCAGCCUGUCGCCGUGCUCGAGCUCCUCCAGGGUCUGGAAUCCCUCGGCUGCAUUAGAAAGCGCCUGCUGAAGAAGCCCUCAGCCGUCUCGCUCUUCUCGAAGCCCUCAAUAGAAGAAGCAGAGACGCCCCCCGACCAGAACGAGAGCCCCACGGCAUUCUACGAGCCCACACUAGACUGCACCCUUCGCCUGGGCCGAGUCUUCCCCCAUGAGAUCAACUGGAACAAGUGGGUCCACUUCUAAGCCACGUGUAGCCAUCCCCUCCCCUACCAGCUGCCACCUGCCACACCCUUUCCCAGCUGCGAUCUUCUCCUGGGUAGAGCACCUGAAGCCCCGGCAGCCGGUGAGGCCGCCUCCGUGCACCAGGACAUGCUCUGGGGCUGAGCCCAGGGCCAGAGCCACCAAGCUGACAAUGGUCCCCAUUCUGUACAUCUGGCGAUAGGGGCCUCCCGCCUGCCUGCUCCCUGGAGCUCGACCUGGGCUGCCCUCAGGACCUGCAUCAUCUCCCAGGACUUGGUGCUUCUUGUCCCAGCCGGGCUGGGGUGUGGCAGGACAGCUGCGAGGCCACUGUGGUCCCCUCCCCACUCUCUUCCAACUCUGACUCCCUUAGUCCCCUGGCCGGCAUUACAGGCACCUUCCCUGCUCUCAUUGGAGCUGCCUGUUGGGGGGGGGCACUUGAGGGGCCCUUGAGUCUUGUCCCCCUGGGGGUCCCAAGAUGUGGCUGCGUUUGGAAACAGCCACCUCCACAGACAGCACCCAAGCCUCCUGGGGUGGGGAGCGGGAGCCCUGGGCCUCUGGGGUUUGCCCGGUCUGCGUGCGCUUCAUGUCAGUUCUGGCCACCAUGGCAGGCCGCUGUCAGGCUCCCCAGAAAACCCGCGUACCGCCACCAGGACAUGUUGCUGAGCCGGGAGCUGUGCACCCGCCACCAGGUUGCCACGGCAGCGAGUUAGACUCACCUUCGAGCAGGACCUCUUGAGGGCUGGAGUGAGCCCCCCAGAGGGGCAGGUGCGCUCUUACUACCUUGCAAGUACCCAGGGGCUGGCCCACCCUCCCCCCUCCCACCACCCUUCUCGGCACGUAGUCUAGAAAUGAGGAUGCCCUGUCAACUUGGGUUUUGUUUGUUUUGUUUAGUUCUUUCAGCCUCCUUCCUGAUUUAAAAAAAAAAAGUCCCUGGCAUGUAUUUAUUUUAUUUUUUUUUUUUUAAUUAAAAUGAAGCAAAAAGUG